AUGGGAGAUUCCAGGAAAGUUCAGAAAAAGGAAAGCAGUCUCAUCUGUGAUGCUGGGGUACCCUAUAACCACACAGUGGAAACUCCUGCCACCUUCUUCCUUGUGGGUAUCCCAGGUUUGCCAUCUUCCCAUCUUUGGCUGGCUAUUUCACUGGGUGCCAUGUAUACCAUAUCCCUGUUAGGAAACACCCUCAUCAUGACCGUAAUCUGGAUGGAUUUCACUCUACGAGAGCCCAUGUAUUGCUUCCUGUAUGUACUGGCUGCUGUGGAUAUUGUUAUGGCCUCCUCUGUGGUACCAAAGAUGGUGAGCAUCUUCUCUUCAGGAGAUGGCUCCAUCAGCUUUAAUGCUUGUUUCACUCAGAUGUAUUUUGUCCAUGUAGCCACAUCUGUGGAGACAGGGCUAUUGCUAGCCAUGGCUUUUGACCGCUAUGUAGCCAUCUGUAAGCCCCUGCACUACAAGAGGAUUCUCACACCUCAACUGAUGCUGGUAAUGAGUGUGGCCAUCACCAUCAGGGCUGUCAUAUUCAUGACUCCACUGAGUUGGAUGGUAAGUCAUCUGCCUUUCUGUGGCUCCAAUGUGGUUCUCCAUUCCUACUGUGAGCACAUAGCCGUGGCCAAGUUGGCAUGUGCUGACCCCAUGCCCAGUAGUCUCUACAGUGUGAUUGGCUCCUCCAUUAUUGUGGGCUCUGAUGUGGCCUUCAUUUCUGCCUCCUAUAACCUGAUUCUCCAGGCAGUAUGUGGUCUCUCUUCAAAGAAUGCUCAAUUGAAAGCAUUAAGCACAUGUGGCUCCCACAUGGGGGUUAUGGCUCUGUACUACCUACCUGGGAUGGCAUCCAUCUAUGUGGCCUGGCUAGGGAAGGAUACAGUGCCUCUGUACACCCAAGUACUGUUAGCUGAUUUGUAUUUGAUCAUCCCACCUACCUUUAACCCCAUCAUUUAUGGCCUGAGGACCAAACAAAUGCGGAAGCGAAUAUGGAGCUUGCUGACACACUGCCUCUUUGACCUCUCCAAACUGGGUUCAUAAACACAAAUUCCAUGCAGAUCUUGAGCAAUCAAGAUGACUCAAGAUCAAGCAUUCAAGGAUACCUUAGAAAUUUGUAGAGCUGGUUUGGUUUGCCUAGCACCAGAAAGAGUUCUAAGAUGAAGCUGUAAAAGGUAUUCUUGCCUAAUUUUCCAGUUUCUAGUAAGAAUGUGUACGGAAUGAUUAAUUUUAUGACAACGGCUUUAAUGGUUUCAAUCAACUAGUAUCUGUAUAAGAGAUGAGUCUGGGCAGAGAAUACAGAUUUGGGGUUUUUCUUUCCUUAGCUUCUGACCCUUAUGUUCAACUUAGUAUCCUGAAAAUCUCCCUGCAGACAGAAACCAACAGUUUAGUCCCCCCAUACCUGGCUGAUUUUCUCAGAAUUGUUCAUUUCUCAUGUGAUUAUUAUGAAAGCAACUGUUAAUAUAUAACCCUGCCUUCUUGCCCAUUGAUGAAUCCGGUCCGCUUGGGUCAUGUGCUUAUAACUCAACCAGAGUAAUUCUCUAGUCAAACUGGAUCCCAGUUUACCUGAGGAGAUAAUAAACUUGGGAUCACUGAUUGUGGUCAUUUUCUAACACCUGAACUUGGAAAGAGAAAUCUGUACCACAGCAAGAUAUCAAAUUAGCAAGAUGGGAUGAAGAAACCAAGUCUCUGGUUCUCUGAUUCCAAUUAAUUUUGGACACCCAGGCACAUCUGUUACUAAGUUUUGUAAGAUACCUCUAUAUCCUUUUAAUUUCUCUCCUAUUGUGAAGCUAGUUGGAGUCAGUGUACUAAUAACCAGCCUUUUGCUUUUAAACAGCAGAAAUUAAGGCAAAAUGAGUCUGGUUGUGGGCAUCUUCCUCUUUGCUUCCCAGUCCUGUUCUGUUUAACUGAACUGUAAGGCAUAAAAGAAAAGGAUCAAAUGUAACAUAGGUCUUUCUUCAUUUGGACACCACCAUAGAAGUGUGCUCUGGGAUGAGGAGGUUAAUAGAAAACAGUAUCAAUAAUGAUGCUGAAAUGUGACUAUUCUUUUCCAGGUCACCAGAUGUUGGUGUUUGGGUUUUGUUUUUAUUUUUAACUUUCUGAGAGUCUUAAAUUGAAUAAGCAGUAUAUGUUAAAAGAAGGUUUCACAUGUAAAAGACACAUAUAUUUGACUCUGGUACAUGUGAAAAUCUAUCCUAAUAAAAGAUAAUUUCCAAUAGUGUUACAAUAAGUUAUUAUAUCUGAGUCUCAAUAUUUCCUUGCUACUGAUGGAGGGUAUACAAUGCUAAUUCAUAGAGGGCACUAAAGAUUAAAGAAAAUAAUGAAUAGAGAGUGCAUAAUAUAACAUCUGAUAUACUGUCUCUACUUAAAAAAUAUAUGCCCCAAAUUUCUAAUUCUAUAGUUUUAAGGGGUAGGUCUAGGCACUAUUGAAACUGUAUUCCCAUGUAGGUCAGUACUCAUGUGAUAACUGUUCCAAAUAAUCUGCUUAACAACUUAGCAUCCAUACCUUUGGCAAG